GAAGCUCAUUCUUAGGCUUGUUGUUCCCAGUGGAGAGGAUGAUGGAGUCUGGUGUUCCUCUCUGCUCCACCUGUGGUGAGCCUGUGGGCUUCUCCUCCAAUGGUGAGGUCUUUGUGGCUUGCCAUGAGUGCAAUUACCCUCUCUGUAAGCCUUGCUUUGAGGAUGAGCUCAAGGAGGGGAGGGGAAGCUGUUUGAGAUGUGGUGCUUCUUAUCUUGUUCAUGACACUACUGAAGAUGCUGAUCAUCAAGAAUUGCGAAAACGAGUCACGAUGGCGUCACAUCUACAGGACAGUAAGGAUAAUGGAGUUCAUGCGAGAAAUGAAAGCAGCCUUUCUGUGGCUGAAAGUGAGGCAAAUAGUGAAUCGGGAAACCCAAUAUGGAAAAAUAGAGUAGAAAGUUGGAAGGAGAAGAAGAAUAAGAAAAGUGCUGCAAAGAAGGCCAAGAAGGAAGAACAAAUCCCAGUGGAACAACAAAUGGAAGGCAAAGAGUCUUUAGAUGAUGGGCAACCACUUUCAAGAAUUGUCCCACUCUCUCCCAAUAAACUCACACCAUAUCGGGCUGUGAUUAUAAUGAGAUUGAUAAUUCUUGGGCUUUUCUUUCAUUAUAGAAUAACCAAUCCUGUUGAUAGUGCUUAUGCUCUAUGGCUAACUUCAGUGAUAUGUGAGAUUUGGUUUGCUGUCUCUUGGGUGUUGGAUCAAUUUCCCAAAUGGUCGCCUAUUAUGAGAGAGACAUUUAUAGACAGGCUAUCCGCAAGGUAUGAAAAAGGUGAAUUCUGUGGACUUGCUCCAGUAGACUUCUUUGUGAGUACUGUGGAUCCGCUGAAAGAACCACCACUGAUCACAGCUAAUACUGUGCUAUCGAUUCUUUCGGCUGAUUAUCCUGUUGAGAAAAUCUCUUGCUAUGUAUCUGAUGAUGGCUCUGCUAUGCUUACAUUUGAGACUCUUGCGGAAACUGCCGAGUUUGCAAGGAAGUGGGUCCCAUUUUGCAAGAAGUAUGCAAUUGAACCACGAGCACCUGAGUUCUAUUUCUCUCAGAAAAUUGACUAUUUGAAAGACAAAAUACAGCCAUCAUUUGUAAAAGAACGCAGAGCAAUGAAGAGAGAUUAUGAAGAGUACAAGGUGAGGAUAAAUGCUUUAGUUGCCAAGGCUCAGAAAACUCCGGAUGAAGGCUGGACGAUGCAAGAUGGAACAUCAUGGCCCGGAAAUAAUCCACGUGACCACCCUGGCAUGAUUCAGGUUUUUCUUGGCAAUAGUGGAGCUCAUGACAUUGAAGGCAAUGAACUUCCUCGUCUUGUAUAUGUCUCCAGAGAAAAAAGACCUGGAUACCAGCACCACAAAAAGGCUGGAGCGAUGAAUGCUCUGGUGCGAGUCUCAGCGGUUCUUACAAAUGCUCCAUACAUUCUCAACCUGGAUUGUGAUCACUAUGUCAACAACAGUAAAGCAGUUCGCGAAGCAAUGUGCUUCAUGAUGGACCCUCAAGUAGGUAGAGAGGUGUGUUACAUUCAGUUCCCUCAGAGAUUUGACGGCAUAGAUCGCAGUGAUCGAUAUGCUAAUCGGAACACAGUCUUCUUCGAUGUUAACAUGAAAGGCCUUGAUGGAAUUCAAGGACCAGUUUAUGUGGGAACUGGUUGUGUCUUCAACAGGCAAGCAUUAUAUGGAUAUGGUCCACCAUCUUUGCCUGCACUUCCAAAGGCAUCAUUUUGCUCAUGGUGUUGUUCCUGCUGCUGCUGUUGUCGUUCAAAGAAAGCUCCAAAAGAUGAGAAAGAAGUUUACAGAGAUUCCAAGAGGGAUGAUCUGAAUGCAGCCAUAUUUAAUCUCAGAGAAAUUGACAACUACGAUGAAUAUGAGAGGUCAAUGUUGAUAUCCCAGCUGAGUUUUGAGAAGACAUUUGGUUUAUCUUCAGUUUUCAUUGAGUCCACUCUAAUGGAGUAUGGAGGAGUUGCAGAGUCUGCAAACCCAUCUACAUUAAUAAAAGAAGCUAUUCAUGUCAUUAGCUGUGGGUACGAGGAGAAAACUGAAUGGGGAAAAGAGAUUGGCUGGAUUUAUGGGUCAGUGACAGAAGACAUUCUAACAGGAUUCAAGAUGCAUUGCAGGGGAUGGAGAUCAAUCUACUGCAUGCCUUUGAGACCAGCCUUCAAAGGAUCAGCUCCAAUCAAUCUUUCCGACCGUCUGCACCAAGUUCUUCGGUGGGCUCUCGGCUCUGUCGAGAUCUUCCUCAGCCGCCAUUGCCCUCUCUGGUAUGGCUAUGGUGGUGGUCGUCUCAAAUGGCUACAAAGACUCUCCUACAUUAACACCAUCGUCUAUCCCUUCACUUCACUCCCGCUCAUUGCUUACUGCUCACUUCCCGCCAUUUGCCUCCUCACCGGAAAAUUCAUCAUCCCGACGCUUUCAAACAUUGCAAGUGUGUGGUUUCUUGGCCUCUUUAUCUCCAUCAUCCUGACAAGUGUUCUCGAGCUUCGUUGGAGUGGUGUCGGAAUAGAAGAAUGGUGGCGUAACGAGCAGUUCUGGGUCAUUGGAGGAGUCUCGGCCCAUCUCUUUGCAGUUUUCCAAGGGUUCCUGAAGAUGCUUGCAGGCAUUGACACCAACUUCACUGUGACAUCUAAGGCUGCAGAUGACGGGGAAUUCGCUGACCUCUAUAUUGUCAAGUGGACUACGCUAUUGAUACCUCCGACGACCCUCAUCGUUGUUAAUCUCGUUGGUGUCGUUGCCGGGUUCUCUGAUGCAUUGAACAGUGGGUAUGAAGCUUGGGGGCCAUUGUUCGGGAAGGUGUUCUUUGCACUGUGGGUGAUACUUCAUCUGUAUCCAUUCCUCAAGGGUCUCAUGGGAAGGCAGAACCGAACUCCCACCAUUGUUGUGCUCUGGUCUGUGCUUUUGGCCUCUGUUUUCUCUCUUCUGUGGGUGAAGAUCGAUCCAUUCUUGAGCAAGACAGACAGUGCAGUUGCUCAGAACUGCAAUUCCAUUGACUGCUGAUGAAGACCCCUGCAUCACUGUCAGCAUGUGUUCAUUUGUUAUAUAAUGGCGAGACAAUCACUACAAGUGAUUCUUCUAUACAUUGUUUUAUUUUGAGAGACCCUGCAAUGAGCUGAGAGAUAAGUUUUGACUCUAUUGGAACUUGGGUGUCUUAUAAACAUAUGGCAACUUAUCAAUGGUGAUAUUUGCGUAAGGGUUUGUUAUUAACAUUCAAAAUUGUCCGUACUUGGUGUCUAAACUUAAGAGCAUACAUAUGAACAAGUGUCAUCGAAAUGUUAAUAAGAGUGUGAGAAUA